AUGAAUAAACUGACAAGAGAUUACCGGAUACGCAUGCCUGACGAGCGGCAAGGACCGCGAAACCGGCUGUGUGCUUCCAGGGAAAUUUUGCCCAAAUUUUCACUGGAUUCCUAUUCUCUUUGCAGCGCAUUGAAUCUUUGGUGCUCGUGCGCGCGCAUUGGUUCGUCCGAAUCGGACGCAAAACUAUGCUCCGUAGAGGCUGAGGCAGCAAUCACAGAAGUCGCGUUUGGUGUGAAAGAAAUCCGGUUAGCCUCGGACAAACUGCCCUGCACAGAUUCAAUUGCCUAUCUGAAUCUGACCACUCUGGAGGGUGAACCAAUGUGUGUGGAAAUCAGUGUGAAAGGAUUCUGCCCGGUUGGUCGACGUACGUUCGUUCUCCGAUGGAGGACCCCUUUGAUUCCGGAUUUGCUUUAUUUAGAAACUUCAGUAUCGAAAAAGUAUGUUGUUAAUUUUAGUGAAAGUUCAUCCAUUCGAAUUUUGUUUGGACACUUUGUGUUUGCUCUGUUUAUUCAUGGUGACCAUUCACUGAGUCUCUAA